AUGGUCAAGAUUAAGACUAUUGAAUACUUCCGAGUCUUGCCUCGAUGGCUAUUUGUCAAAGUCACCGAUGAGGAGGGACAAUAUGGUUGGGGUGAGAGUACUCUCGAAGGCCACACCGAAGCUGUGGAGGGCACCCUCAAUGCCUUGUGCAAGCGCUUCGUGGGUUAUGAGGCGGACGAUAUCGAACAUAUCUGGCAGAUGGCGUGGCGUCUGGGAUUCUACCGCGGUGGCCCUGUUUUCAUGUCUGCGAUUUCCGGAAUCGACAUUGCCCUCUGGGACCUGAAGGGCCGCCGACUUGGUGUUCCCGUCUACCAGCUACUCGGAGGAAAGGUUCGCAACAAGCUGUCUGUUUAUGCCUGGAUCGGUGGUGAUCGUCCUUCGGACGUGACGGCUGCGGGAAAAGCUCGCCUUGCGCAGGGCUUCAAGGCAAUCAAGAUGAAUGCCACCGAGGAUGUCAAUUGGCUUGAUUCUCCAAGCGUUUUGGAAUCCAGUGUUGAGCGUCUUAAAGCUAUCAAAGCUAUUGGUCUAGACGCGGCUCUGGAUUUCCAUGGUCGUCUCCACAAGCCCAUGGCUAAGCAGCUAGCCAAGGCGCUGGAGCCACAUCAUCCUCUUUUCUUGGAAGAGCCACUUCUCUCGGAGCACCCAGAGGCAAUUAAGCAGUUGUCGGAUCAGGUGUCUUGCCCGAUUGCUCUUGGAGAGCGACUCUUCAGUCGGUGGGAUGUGAAGCGGUUCUUGGAAGACGGCAGUGUCGAUAUUCUCCAGCCGGAUAUUAGCCAUUGUGGUGGUAUUUCUGAGAUCCGACGCAUCGCUUCUAUGGCGGAGACUUAUGAUGUUGCAAUUGCGCCUCAUUGCCCUUUGGGGCCUAUUGCGCUGGCUGCUUGUAUGCAGGUCGAUCUUUCCAUUCCCAAUUUCGUUAUCCAGGAGAUGAGUGUCGGUAUUCACUAUAAUACAGAGGCUGGCGAGUAUGAUAUCUCGAGUUACGUGAAGGAUCCCAAGGUUUUUGAUGUGAAAGAUGGCUAUGUCGAUGCGUUGACCGCGCCGGGCAUUGGGAUUGAGAUUGAUGAGGAAGUCGUGCGAAAGGUGGCCCAGAAUACGGAGCCCUGGCAGCCUAAGGAGUUCUUCGGACCAGAUGGAUCUAUUCGGGAGUGGUAG